CGAAUUAGGUUAGAUUGUUCGUGCGGUGGUGAUAAUAGUGCGGCAGUGAUCCUCGUAGAUCCGUCGCCCGAUUUGAUCUUUCUGCGGCGUUGAUAUUACCGCGAUAAUUUAGCGUAGUCGAUUAAUAGUCGAAAGAUGUUGAUAAAGGUGAAGACCCUCACGGGGAAGGAGAUUGAAAUAGACAUAGAACCUACAGACAAAGUAGAGAGAAUUAAAGAAAGAGUGGAAGAGAAGGAGGGAAUACCACCGCAGCAGCAGCGAUUAAUAUUUUCCGGCAAGCAGAUGAACGAUGAGAAGACGGCACAGGAUUAUAAAGUCCAAGGUGGUUCGGUGCUGCACUUGGUACUUGCAUUGAGAGGAGGCUGCAGAUAUAACAUUCCUCAUUUAUAAACGGCGGCGAGGGGCUAUUAAAGAAUUGUGAGGGCCACAGAAAGGAAAAAAGAGCGAAAAAAGAAACAAAUGUUUACCAUCACGCAUAUGCGCUCAAGAAGAACAAACUCUAUGUUAUUUUAAAUAGAAUAACAUAGUCAUGUGAUCUUUACAACCCUAAAUAAAUAUUUAAUAAAGUAAUUUAAUCAUGAAAAUGAAA